GGGAAAAGAGGCGGGAUUUGAGAGUUCGGCUUCACGGGCUCUGUGCUGUCAUUUGAGUGAGUUACAGGCUCCAGAGCAGACUGAGCGUCUCACAGGUCAACGUAGACAGUGAAGGAUGAUGGCUGCUUUUGGCUGCAAAGAGAUGUGACUGCUCAUUUCUUAGGAGAAAGAAACUGAAGCAGUGUUCGGGACAGCAGUGCACUGCUUGGUGACAAAUUAAUAUUUUUUUCCUGUGCUGGAUGUUGCCAGUCUAAAGGAUUCUCACCAUGAUCGAUAGCUGCAAGAAGCAGCAACAGGGCUUUUCUGAGAUUUUACCUGCUGGAGAUGUUAAGCCACUGAAGGAGAAGGAAUGCCUUGAGGUGAACAGCCAGAGAAGUCUCAAGGAAGUACUUCAGCUGAGGCUACAACAAAGACGGACACGUGAACAGCUGGUGGACCAGGGCAUCAUGCCACCUUUGAAAAGUCCCGCUGCAUUCCACGAGCAGAUAAAGAGCCUGGAGCGAGCCAGGACUGAAAAUUUUUUGAAGCACAAGAUUCGCAGCAGACCGGACCGGUCUGAGCUGGUCAGAAUGCACAUCCUUGAAGAGACCUUUGCAGAGCCUUCGUUGCAAGCCACUCAGAUGAAACUGAAGAGAGCACGCUUGGCAGAUGAUCUGAAUGAGAAGAUUGCGCAGAGGCCUGGCCCUAUGGAGCUGGUAGAAAAAAAUAUUCUGCCUGUAGAUUCCAGUGUUAAAGAGGCAAUUAUAGCAGUUGGACAACAGAAUUACCCUCAAGCUUUGGAUGACUAUUCAUUUGAUGAAGACAGCAGUGAUGCUUUAUCACCAGAUCAGCCAGCCAGCCAAGAAUCCCAAGGUUCAGCUGCCUCCCCUGGUGAACCAAAAACAAGUGACUCACCAUCACCAAUAACACCAAAUGCUACUACUUCAACACAGUAUCCACCUUUAACCUCUCCAGUUCCUGAAUUCCUUAAAACCCCUCCCACAAUCGAACACGUUACACGCUCUACUGCUACAGCCACCAUGACCACAAGUACUGUGACUGCAGCAAAGCCUGGGCCAACAUUAGUAAAGCAAAGCCACCCAAAGAACCCAAAUGAUAAGCAUCGGAGUAAGAAAUGUAAGGAACCUAAACCAAGGGUGAAAAAAUUGAAGUAUCAUCAAUAUAUUCCACCUGAUCAGAAAGGUGAGAAGAACGAGCCACAGAUGGACUCAAACUAUGCUCGUCUGCUACAACAGCAGCAACUGUUUUUGCAGCUGCAGAUCCUGAGCCAACAGCAACAACACUACAACUACCAGACAAUUCUGCCUGCACCGCUGAAGCCACUGAGUGACAAACAGAAUAACAGUGGGAACACACCACUAAGUGCUUUGAACAACAACACACCAACAUCAGCUGCAAACGCAACAAGACAGAACAGUAAUGUUCCUAGCCGGAAACCAGGACCUCUGCCUUCAAGUUUGGAUGACUUGAAGGUAGCAGAGCUUAAAAUGGAGUUGAAGUUGAGAGGAUUACCUGUGUCUGGAACAAAAACAGAUCUUAUUGAGCGUCUGAAACCCUACCAAGAUCUCAGUAACAACGGAGUCACUACUUGCAGCUCUGCUACAGUCACUACUUCUACUGGAGCCACAGGUAACGCAGGGGAAAUGGCUGUGGCAUUUCCUGUUGCAACACUAAAUAAAACAGUGGCUAAUACAAUAUCCAGCUUUCCUCUGGAAAAAACAGCUACUGGACCUGGCUGCAAAGCAAUAAAUACUGAGAACGUUAGCUCUCCCUUGCCUAUAUCUCCCUCCCCUUCAGAACAAUCUAAUCUAAGCACAGAUGAUACUGGUAUGGCAGACACUUUCACAGAAAUGAUGACCAUGGUGUCACCAUCUCAGUUCUUAAGUACUUCGCCACUAAGAACAAAUACAAGUGAUGAUAAUCAGAAUCGGAGCAGUGGAAAAAUCUCAAGCAUGGAAUUUGAUGUAGCAGAAAAGGACCGCAAGCUUCAAGAAAAAGAAAAACAGAUUGAAGAGCUCAAAAGGAAACUGGAACAAGAGCAGAAACUUGUGGAAGUACUGAAAAUGCAACUUGAGGUUGAAAAAAGGGGACAGCAGCAACAGUCUCAGACUUCUGGUAACUCAGCUGCUUUGGAACAGAAGCAAUUCAGUGCUGCUGUCAAAGAUGAAAAUGCUCUUACUGACUGCUCAAGCACAAGUCAAUCUGUAUCUGUAGCUAGUCAUCCUUUAGGACAACCAGUAUACACCACUGGACAGAAUCCAGUUGCCCAAAAGGCAGUUAUCAUCAAACAGGAGAUACCUGUGGCCAAAGCUGACCCUCAGAGUGCGAUUUCUCAAUUUUAUGUUAAUCCACAGAGGCAACCACAAACUGCAGUUGUUGCCCAACCUCAAGCUUUACUGACGACACAAGGAACACAGCUGCUCCUUCCACUAUCUAUCCAGGGACCGAAUUCUGCCACUUCGGUGCAGCUACCAGUUGGAAAUAUAAAGCUACAGGCUCAAUCACAAGCUGGAAUACAGACCCCAUCACAAAUACCUGCUCCUAUUCCUUCCUCUGGCCCGGUCCAGACAGCAGCUAAGACGCAUACUCCACAAUCAAAACAAAACACCAUCACGCAGCAUGCACUUGGUCAGACCCAACAAAUCAGAAAGGUUUUUCCACCUACCACAUCAACUACAGUGUUUUCCUAUCAGACUGCACCAGUUACAACACCUUCACAAUCUUUUAUUAACAAAACAUCAAACUCUAACAUUCGCAGUGGUAAUAAUCAGACUCCCUCUGUGCAGAAUGGACCUGUUCCUCCUAAUAAGCCUGGCUCUCCAUCUCAAGCCCAGUCUUAUAUUGUUCAGCAGUCGCUCUUCAACAGCACAGCAUCCAAGACAAAAGACCCCCCCCGUUAUGAAGAGGCCAUAAAACAGACCCGCAAUAUUCAGACAUCUCACCGUGAGAUUUCCAGCGCACACAGCCAGCAGAUGGAUGAUCUUUUUGACAUUCUCAUCAAAAGUGGAGAGAUUUCCCUUCCAAUAAAGGAAGAACCAUCUCCCAUUUCUAAAAUGAGACCAGUAACAGCCAACAUCACUACAAUGCCAGUAAAUACAGUGAUAUCCCGCCCACCACCACAGAUCCAAAUGGCCCCUCCUCCUGUGUCCUUGGAACCAACAACCAGCUUGUCUAUAAGUCUGGAAAACCAACUUGAAGCCCUCCUGGAUGGAACUUUACCUUCAGGUAAUGAAAUUCCUCAAUUGACAAGUGGUAACGAGGACAGAGAGUCGUUUUCUUUAAUUGAAGACCUCCAGAAUGAUCUGCUUAAUCACUCCAGCAUUUUAGAUCACUCCCAUUCACCCAUGGAAACGUCUGACCCCCAGUUUACCACUAAUAGUUCUUGUCUAUCUCUUGACCUUCCUGACACAAAUUUAGACAAUAUGGAAUGGCUGGACAUUACAAUGCCCAGCUCCUCAUCUGGACUCACUCCUCUCAACUCUGCUGCCCCCAGCGUGUUCUCCACUGACUUCCUAGAUACACAGGACCUCCAGUUGCACUGGGAUUAAGCUGUAGCCAAUAAGAAAUGACCUGGAAAUCUCUUUUUACUGUAGAGAUCCUAUUACACUAUUCUGAUUGCAGUUAAAAUAAAUUACAAUAGAAAUGUCUGUAAGAACAAAUGCUUGAAGGUAAUUCCUUAUUGAUGUCCUAGUUUACAACAGUGAAUUACUCCAUGCUCAUGCCAUUAAUGCAGAUCAGGGCUCUCUGAAAGCUGUAUUUCACAAGUCAAGAAAUGAUGAUUGUACUUAGUGUUUCAAAGCACGACAAGGGAAAUGCAUCCCAAAUAUAUAAGAAGGAAGUUAUGUCUCUGAUUUUUUAAUGCUUACAUGAACAACACAGCAUGGCUCAUCUUAGAGAAGAAAACAUAGGAGAGAUUUCAACUGUCUGUAUUGACACAGCGAGCAAAUGUUGUUUGAGGGAGGUUGAGAUAUCACUGCACUUCAUUGUUCCUGUGGAUAGCCUGAGCCAGGUUCAAAUUGAAUUGUGAGGGCAAAGGCAAGUAGAAACACUGGCUGGUUCAGUGAAAUUUCAUAAAUCUAGACUUUUAAUUUGUUUGAGUUGUUUUUGUAUUUUGGUUUUGUGGCUUUUAAAACUCUUCCCCAUUCUUUGAUCAUGAGGGAAGAAUUUAACUGCAUCCAAAGGGAUAUUAAGCGUAACUGCAAGAAAUCCACUGUAGCUAGGCCAAGUAAUACUGAGAACACUGAAUUUUCUAUUAAAUGCUCUGGAUUUAAUAGCUCGGUUUUAAUGUGUAUAUCAGACAGUUAUUUGUAUACUCUUUUAAACUUUGUAUAGAUUAUUUUUGUGAACAGAGGGGAACAGUGCUCUGAAGUAAUUACAGUAAUGAAAAUAGUAUCUUAAUUUGUCAUUGAGGAUAUUUUUAGUUCAGUGAACACAGUAUCUCAGCAUCUUAGAACAUUUUGAGGAAGCAGCAAAGUUUAAAUGAGCUGUUAUGCUCUAUGAUCCUGCAAACAUCUAUGCAGGAGCAGUGCCAGUGCCCCAGCAAAAGGUGUUUGUAGGAUCGAGUUGCAGGGGACAAUACUGACAGGACAGUGAUCAUUUCCUGAAAAAUACUGUCAGCUCUUGAACAACUCCAUCUGCCACUACACGACAUCAGGGAAUCUAAACAGGCUCAGUAAGAAUUCUAAACAGUACACACAGAAAACUAUAAAAGGCAAACGAUCAGGAUAUACUGUUGUGUGGUGAGGACAGAUAACAGAAUUAAACUCUUGCUGCACAAUGCAGCGCGUGAAAAGUUUUAAAGCCAUGAGUUGUUUCUCAGAGCCUGUUAUGUAAAGUCAGGAAAAGCAAACAAAAAAAUGCUACAGCAUUAAGGAAGAUACUCAGAAAUUCUACAGUAGUGUUUCCCAUGAUAGCUGUUAAAUGUUGUUAUGGAGGAGGCAGGCUGAUAAACAAAAUUGGAAUUUUUCCACAUAAGUGUGUUUCUAAAUUACAACAAAAGAAAGCAGCCCCUUCUUUCUUGAACAGUGAAAAGGUGAUAUGUUUUCUAGUCUGAGAACUGAUCUCAUUUCAGAAUUCCUUCCUCUGCCAACCUUCAAAAACAAAAUUUGUUGGAACUAAAUUAAAAAUGGUGUGAAGCUUAAGUAGCAAAACAAAAAGUACCCAUUCACCACUUAGCAACUUGAGUCAUGUUUGAAAAUUUAAAGAAAUAAUCAUGUCAAUAUCAAAUCAAAUACUCUUGUCAUAAAAUGUUGUAGAAUUAUCUGUAAAUUCCACGUUUCCAGAUAUCAAGUGCAGAAUUCCAUUGGCUUCAGGUGAAAUACUGGAUUAUAUUAUUGAUUUGGGGUUUAAACUGGCAUCAUAUCAGCUAUCAGCACUUUAGAUCAUUAUCUACUUUCAGUAGUUUUACAGGUCAGGGUUUACUUAAUCUGAAAUCAAGAACAGAAGAACUGUCUAUCAACAUGUUCACAACAGAAGCUGAAAGACAAUUCUUUAUUCUUUCUUGCUGUGCCUCCUGUACUCGAGUACAACGUCGUGUGUGGACUGUCUGCCUUAAAUGUUGAUGCUCUACGACUCUUUUAAAUAACACUGAGAACAUUCAGUUUUUGCAUUCCUUUUCAUCGUAUUAUCUUGGGAGCUGAUACUCUGAGAUACAAAGUGCCCUCAGCUGUUACUGGAACAAGAAUUAAGACUCCUGGUCUGACAGGAACAACUUUGAAUGGAAUUUAUGUAGUCCUACAGUACCGUCAGCGUAGUGUGUGCUACAUCACACACUGAACCACAAACACGUGGUUACAAUUACCCCUUCUGACCCUGCCUUCUGAUUAAAUAAGAGGCAAGUGAAUUAAUUGUUAGAGAAUAAAUUAACCUAGAACGACUGUACUGUCAUUUUUGAUAUGCAUGUAAAUAUGCUUAAACUGGCAAAGUCAUCUUGCUACAAAACUAUCCUCAUUGGCAGUGUAGAAUGUUAAUUACUCCAUAGGAAUCUAUGUGCAGAAAUAAAACCAAACAGCUGAGAUGUGUUGUCUGCAGUACAGUAUGGCUUUCUGCUCUAAAAGUCUAUUUGGGGAAAAAAAGAAAAAGAAAAAAAAAGUUAAGGGAUCACUUUAGUUUUCAAAGUGCAGAUAUUCUGGUGUGGGGGAUGCGUGAUUACUUUUUUUGUACAUUUGAGGGUUAUCUGUAUUAAACCUUAUAUAUGAUGGAUUGCUACAGCCCUUGUACUGAAAUGUGAUUUAUAUUUGCCACCGUUACUUACACAGUUAUGGCAGAAAUAGAUUUUGCUUAGAUUUGUGCGUGUGCAUGUUUUGCAUUGUCAUUUUUCUUACACAGAUACAACACAUCUUAGAGAUUUAGUCAUGACUGCGCAGUUUGACUGUCCAGAACUGAAUGUUUCUCAUUAGAACAGUUGCAGAGGAAAGCCCUGGCAGUAGAUUUGCCAGACAGUGGCUGCAAUAUGCUGACAGAACAUCCUACGACAGCCGCGUUACUGAAUUCUGACAGAGGAAUUAGGAAUACCGUUUAACAGUGUGAAAUUCAGAAGUUGGUGUUCACAAUUCUAGACACGGAAGGAGCUCAGGUGUGUUUUACAGGGCUGGUAUUAAUCAAGAGGAGUCACAUCCUGCAUGUAGUAACCGGUAUUUGUUCAUGCACUUGUGGUGCCAUACAGCAUUAUGUAAGACAAGUAAGUUUACAGGCAAAUUUUAUUCAGUGUUACAAACAGUUAGCAAGUCAUUGUCAUAAACUUAGCAGUUGUAUCUUUAAAAAAAACCAUCCGUUUGUUCAACUGCUCUUUACAGAAUUGUAGCUUCUAAUCCAGUAAUGAGAGCCUUGCAAAACCAGCCCAUUAAAAAGCUGAGGCAACAUUAGAAGCAAUCACAGUUUAAUACAGACAUUUCUUUUCAAGGCAUCUCUAAAUUGACUAGCAGGAGUUAUCUUCAAGGAAGCAAAUAAUCAAAGCAGAUGUUUCAAUAUUAGACUUCUCUGUUACAUAAUCUUAAACAUUCUGAUGCCUGAAAAGCAUAAGCACCAUAGUUGGAAACCAGGCACAAGCUGCUGAACUGUUCUCAAGGCAGAGAAAAUGCAGUCAAAGAAUAUAAUUAACUGGAAGGACAUUAUGUAAUGAAAACACAGUAAAGCUCACUGAUGUAUACAGUCAUUUGGAUGGCAUCUUCAGUGUAUUAUAAGUUUAAAGCAAAUUACAUUAAAACUGGAAAAAAAUAUUCUUCCACUUAUAUCUACUGAAUAUUUUGUUAAAUUUUUUUUGUUGUGGCCUAUUAAAUUGCUUUCUGAUGAUUUCUAGGCCAUAAUAGAGGUUUUCUUUUGAGAGAGACAUGGAACUGAGUUGCACAUAGUAUAUAUGUGGCCAAUAAAGAGCAUCCUUUAAAAUCUGAACCUGAAAUAAUCUCAAGUAUUCCUUCUAUUGUGAUGAAUAACAUGCAGAAAAGAGACACCUGUGUCAUUCUGUAGUGUCUGAAUAUAUAGACUUUUAGGUUCAGAAUGCAUAAAUACAUUUGUAGAAUUCUAGCCAAAAAAAAGCUAUUCAAGCUCUGAGAGUGAAAUCUCAGUAAAAAGCAGGGAAUGGUUAACAACUAUACAAUCACACUAUUUUUAUAAAAAGAACAGCUCAGAUAUUCAAAAACAGCCUCAAAUAAAUUAUAGUAAUAUAAAAAUGUAAAAAGGAACCAAAGCAUUGCCAUUUGUAUUGCCAAAGAAGGCACUUUGUACUUUGAAGCACAGGAAAGUAAAUCCCCAAAAGAAUUACCCAUACUUUUUUAAAAUUAAGGAUGUAGAUAUUUUCAAAGCAGAUUUUGAUGUUUAAGAGGACAGAUUUGUUUUGUUGAUUGAGAAAUUUGUAUUAGUAGCACAGGCUUUUUUCCAGAUAUUUCUUCCACAGUGCUGCUUGCAGUAGAAAUGACGCUAACCUCGUAGGUGUUGCUCUUCUUAUUUUCAUAGCCAUUACUGUGUCUUAGCAUCUCAUUUCGUGAAAAGAAGAAGAUGGACACCUCUUCCUAGGGCCCUCUUCAUUUAAGCACUACUUUACUAAAUGCAAAUUAUGGCAAUCAGGGCGUCAGUUUAUGUUUUGCCUUUCUAUAAGAAACCAUGAUGCCUUUGUAUUUGUUGUUUGCAGUCCUAAAAUCAAUUCCAUACGUUUGAAUGCCAUAUGUUUUGCACAUUGUACUGUAUAUAUAUUAAGGCAUAUUGUAUUUUUAUAUGUGUAGUACAUUUAUCAGAUUUUUUGUACAUAGUGGCAAUAUUGUAGCUACUGAGGAAAUGUUUGAUAUUUCAGCAUUUUUGCUAAGUGUCUCAAAUAAAAAAAAAAGGAAAACA